CAUCACACUCCCCAUCUCUAACACACACAUACCCCCAACUAACAAUAAUUCCUUCACUUGCAGAACUUAGUUCUCUGUUGCAUCAUCAUCAUCUUCAUUAGUGUUAGCCCUAAACUUCACCUUCAACCAUGACCACAGUGCCACCACACAGUGUCCAAGUGCACACAACAACACACCGCUACGAAGCCGGCGUCGUCCCGCCGGCUCGUUUUGAGGCGCCGCGUUACGAAGCCGGCAUCAAGGCGCCCUCUUCCAUUUACCAUUCCGAGAGAGGUCCGACGACCUCUCAGGUUCUCGCAGUUGUCGCCGGCCUUCCGGUCGGCGGCAUCCUCCUGCUCCUGGCAGGACUGACCCUGGCUGGAACUCUCACCGGGCUGGUGGUGGCAACACCGCUCUUCAUCAUCUUCAGCCCGGUGCUGAUUCCGGCCACGGUCGCAAUUGGCCUGGCCGUGGCCGGGUUCCUGACGUCGGGAGUCUUUGGGCUCACGGCGCUGUCGUCCUUCUCCUGGAUCCUGAACUACAUCCGGGAGACCCAGCCGGCGUCGGAGAAUCUGGCCGCUGCGGCGAAGCACCAUCUGGCGGAGGCGGCGGAGUACGUGGGGCAGAAGACCAAAGAAGUAGGGCAGAAAACCAAGGAAGUUGGGCAGGAUAUUCAGAGCAAGGCACAAGAUACAAGGGAAGCAGCUGCAAGAGAUGCAAGAGAUGCAAGGGAAGCAGCUGCAAGAGAUGCAAGGGAUGCAAAGGUGGAGGCGAGAGAUGUAAAGAGAACAACAGUGACAGCAACAACCGCAACCGCAUGAACGUGAUGAGUAUUAAUGUGUUGUUAUGAACUUAUGAUGUUGGUUUAUGUGGGGAAAUAAAUGAUGUAUGUACCUCUUCUUGCCUAUGUAGUAGGUUUGGGUGUUUUGUUGUCUAGCUUUGCUUAUUUAGUAAUUAGUAGAAGGGACGUUCGUUCGUGUCUCAUAAAAAGGGGUACUACCACUCUGGCAAUGUGAUUUGUAUUUGAUGAAUUCAAUGUGAAAUGUGUUUUGCGUUGGUGUAUGUAA